GACGUACUUCCGGCUGAUGUAGUCGCUGCCGUUGUUUCUAGACGAGGCCUAAAAAGCAGUGGCGAGCAGCCCAAGAAACUGAAGUGAAGAAAACCUGAUGUAUAGCUACGGAAUUUGAGUAAACGACUAACAGUUGGAAUUAAGUAAAUGCAAAUGGCAUCAGGAACACCGUGUCUGAACAGUAGAUGGGAUCAACCCAAGUCAAAGGCAGAUAUGCUGCAGGGCAUUCUGGGAAAUGUGUCCCACGCACUUUCAACCCAUGUGGCGUCAGCUCCUGUUAGCUCAGCGGGCACGGGUCCGAGCUCAGCUGUCGGGAGCGUGCAGCUCUCCACGGUCCAGACUGCGGCUGCGACAGCAGGAGCAUGUGCGCCAACACGGUACUCCUCUGCCGGGAACAAUCCUCCACAAGGUGGGGUUGAGAUGGCAGCUGCUAUGGCUGCCAAAAUUAAUGCUAUGCUGAUGGCCAAAGGAAAACUCAAGCCUCUACAGCCUUUGCCCAGCAAGGCACCCCCUUGUGUGUCACUGCCUGGCAGUAGUGAAGAAGUAGUGGUUACUGAGGUGGACAUUAAUGAUGUACCUGUUAACUGCAGAAACCUGCUCACCAAAGGCAAAACCCAGGAGGAGAUACGGCAGCACAGCGGAGCUGUUGUCUCAACUAAAGGCCUCUACAUGAGUGACGCAGAGAAAUCCACUAACACAGGAGUAGAGCGCCCUCUAUAUCUGCACGUGCAGGGCCGCACUCAGGACGAAGUGAACAAGGCCGUGAUGCGGAUUAAGGAGAUCAUCUCGGAGGACGUGCUGCGGGCAUCAGGGGGGCAGCAACCUGCUGUGAUGCCCCCUGUCCCUGUUUACCCCCAGCCUCCCCGCCCCGUGACCCCUGCACAGCCAGUGCGACCCCACCUCCCCCCAAAUCCCCGCCCCUCUAACGCCCCCGUAACACCUGCGCACAGACCUCCACCUCCUCAUUCAGGGAGUUUUGUGCACACUAAGAUAUUUGUAGGCUUGGACCAGUCGCUGCCGACGUUCAACGUGAAUGAGAGAGUGGAGGGGCCAAACGGCUCAUACCUCCAGCACAUCCAGACAGAGACGGGCGCACGCGUAUUCCUCCGGGGGAAAGGCUCUGGAUACAUUGAGCAGGCGUCACGCCGAGAGAGCUUUGAACCGCUCUAUCUUUACAUCAGCCACCCGAACCCUGCUGGUCUGGAAGCAGCUAAGAAACUCUGUGAGAGUCUUUUAGAGACGGUGCGGGCGGAUCAUGCACGUAUGCUGUCUGUGUACACAGCAACCGGUUCCACACAAGUGUACCCAAACCAAGGAUACCCCACUGGCAGCACCUACAGCAACCAGUCCUGGUAUGGCUACCCCAGUGCUUACCCAGCAUACCCCUCCUCUGGAAGCUACUGGAGCAGCUCCAAUGCCCCCCCCAGCCAAGCCAGCCUCUCCUCAACCCCACCCUCUCAGGGCAUGGUGCAGUAUCCUGUAUGUUCCCGCCAACAAUCCACUUUUCUCUUACAGGGGGAGGGAGGAGCAUCAGAGGAGGUGCUGAAUGAUGACUCAAACAGCCCCAAAUCCAGGAGCCCAAAGAGACACUUUCUGGAGGACGGUGACGAAGUCCAGGAGGUGCCAGAGCAAAGCAGUCCUAAUGCUCCAGUGAAGACUAUGUCAGUUAGUGACGGGAGCAGAUCAGAUGGAAUACUGAUGCCACCACCUCCACCACCAGUAUCGAUUCUCCCAGCAGUGCGAAAGAGACAGAGAGACCCUGAGAGUUUGGAUCCAGCUCACCCACACCCUGCCACUGUGGAGAAAGAGGAGGGGAAGAGGUUGAAGGUCACAGACUCCUCUGGACUUGUCCCAUAUGGAGGAGACUCCUCGGAUGAGGAAGAGGAGAGGACUCGAAGUGGGAAGAAGAAUAGUGCAUAGUAGAUUUUUUUUUUUUUAAUUUUUUUUUUUUUUUUUUUUUUUAAACACACACCACUCCCAAGCCAUGUUAACAGCACAUCCCUAAAUCCCCAAAACUAAACUGUAGGAGGUGACUGCUGCGUCCAGCCGACACCACAUUAAUGGAACUUUUCUGAUUUUGGAAAAUGGUGCACCUGUUCCUAUGGAAUACAGUAAUAAACCUAUAAUACUUCUGUA